AUGGCACCACGCCGACGCCCCAGCCACGCCGGCUUCAAGCCCGCACCCAUGGACUCAUCCACAGUCUCACCAUCACCUCCGCCGCGCGCGCGCCGCAUCCACCGUGCUUCUAGUAUUCCCAACACAACACCCGGACCCAAAGCCCCAGAACCAGCCGAAGACUCGGCCCUCUCAAUCUACUACUAUCUCAAGCCCACAAUCCCUAGCCCCUUUACUGGCAGCCUCGAUGCCGCCCUGGACGCGAUACUCGACUACGGAAAGCGUUACGGUAGAAUCAAAGGCGUGCAACCCAUCUUCUCCGCCUUGCUGGGCGAAGCCAACCCCAAGACAUCAUGGCCGGAGCUAUUACAAGGUCCGGCUGAUGAACCGCCCGGGAUGCUGCGUUUUCUGUGGACGAGUCUGCUUUUCCUCACAUCGCGCACGCUGCUGCCGGAACUGAUAGCUAAGAACCGGGCUUUGCUGUGGAGCGCGUACGUCCACAAGAAGAGCCUAGCAGGCAGAUUUAUGUUGCGGUACGAUAUGCUGUGUGCAUGGAAGUUGGAGUAUAGCAGGAUGAUAGGUCGUUCGAGAGAUGUUGCUGUUACGGUUGCGAGUGUGGAGCCGGAGGAGGAGGAGGAUUGGGAUGCUAGUCCUAAUGUGGAGGGGUGGUAUGGGGAGAAGGCAGAGGUGAAAGCGGAUGAAGCUGGCAUACGCUUGUUCAUGCCGAAUAUUAUACCUACGCUCAUCGCCGCCCCACAACCGUGGUCGACAGCGGCAGUGCGGGAGAGGAUGAAACAUCGCGUCACGGAUCUGGACAAGUUCCUGUUGUUGACGAAUGAGGAGGUUGAGGCAUGGGGAGCUGAGAGGCUGCUUCAGAUGACGUGUACGUUGAUCUUGCAUUGGCAGUGGUUGAGAAGGAGUAAUGAGAAAUUGGAGGAUAUGGAAGUGGGGGGCUGGGCAGAUUUGGAUGUCAAGGCAGACGAGUGCGAGUGGAUUGCUGAUGAGGCGAAGAGGGUGGUUGGGUGGCAUCAGGGGGGGAAGAUAGGGAAUCCAGGAAAGAAAGAUAGGGAAGGAGAGGGAGAAGGAUGA